AUGACUUCGGCCACUUCCCCUAUCAUUUUGAAAUGGGACCCCAAAAGUUUGGAAAUAAGGACUCUGACAGUGGAGAGACUACUGGAGCCACUUGUUACACAGGUAACAACUCUGGUCAACACAAGCAACAAGGGGCCAUCUGGUAAGAAGAAAGGGCGAUCUAAGAAAGCUCAUGUUUUAGCAGCUUCUGUGGAGCAGGCCACCCAGAAUUUCUUGGAAAAGGGUGAACAGAUUGCUAAAGAAAGCCAAGAUCUCAAGGAAGAACUGGUCACUGCUGUAGAGGAUGUCCGCAAACAAGGUGAAACCAUGAGAAUUGCCUCUUCUGAAUUUGCUGAUGACCCGUGUUCAUCGGUGAAGCGUGGCACCAUGGUCCGGGCCGCCCGAGCUUUGCUAUCAGCUGUAACACGUUUGCUCAUCUUAGCUGACAUGGCCGAUGUCAUGAGACUUUUAUCUCACUUGAAGAUUGUUGAAGAAGCUCUGGAAGCUGUGAAAAAUGCUACAAAUGAGCAAGACCUUGCAAAUCGCUUUAAGGAAUUUGGGAAAGAGAUGGUGAAAUUGAACUAUGUAGCUGCCAGAAGACAGCAGGAACUGAAGGAUCCUCACUGUAGGGAUGAGAUGGCAGCUGCCCGAGGGGCUCUGAAGAAGAACGCUACUAUGCUGUAUACAGCAUCCCAAGCAUUUCUCCGUCACCCAGAUGUGGCUGCCACAAGAGCCAACCGAGACUACGUGUUCAAACAAGUCCAGGAAGCCAUCGCUGGCAUUUCAAACGCAGCUCAAGCUACUUCCCCCACUGAUGAAAACAAGGGGCACACUGGCAUUGGGGAACUUGCUGCUGCCCUCAAUGAAUUCGACAACAAGAUCAUUUUAGACCCCAUGACAUUCAGUGAGGCUCGAUUCAGACCAUCUCUAGAAGAAAGGCUGGAGAGCAUUAUCAGUGGGGCAGCACUGAUGGCGGAUUCUUCUUGUACUCGUGAUGACCGUCGGGAGAGAAUUGUAGCCGAAUGUAAUGCAGUCCGACAGGCCCUCCAGGAUCUGCUCAGUGAAUACAUGAAUAAUACUGGAAGGAAAGAAAAAGGAGAUCCUCUAAACAUUGCUAUUGAUAAGAUGACCAAGAAAACGAGAGAUCUAAGGAGACAGCUUCGAAAGGCAGUGAUGGAUCAUAUAUCAGAUUCAUUUCUGGAAACCAACGUCCCCUUGCUGGUACUAAUUGAGGCUGCCAAGAGUGGGAAUGAAAAGGAAGUCAAAGAAUAUGCUCAAGUUUUCCGUGAACAUGCCAAUAAAUUGGUGGAGGUUGCCAACUUGGCCUGCUCCAUUUCUAACAAUGAGGAAGGGGUGAAGUUAGUCCGGAUGGCAGCAACCCAGAUUGAUAGUCUAUGUCCCCAGGUCAUCAAUGCUGCCCUCACACUAGCUGCCAGACCUCAGAGCAAAGUCGCUCAAGAUAACAUGGAUGUUUUCAAAGAUCAAUGGGAGAAGCAAGUUCGAGUUCUGACAGAGGCGGUGGAUGACAUUACAUCAGUGGAUGACUUCCUGUCUGUCUCAGAAAAUCACAUUCUGGAGGAUGUGAAUAAGUGUGUGAUAGCACUCCAAGAAGGGGACGUAGAUACUUUGGACCGGACAGCAGGUGCCAUCCGUGGCCGGGCGGCCCGAGUAAUCCACAUCAUCAAUGCAGAGAUGGAGAACUAUGAAGCUGGUGUUUAUACUGAAAAGGUGCUUGAAGCUACAAAAUUGUUGUCUGAGACAGUUAUGCCACGUUUCGCGGAGCAAGUGGAGGUGGCCAUUGAAGCUUUGAGUGGCAACGUGCCUCAGCCUUUUGAAGAGAAUGAGUUCAUAGAUGCCUCCCGUCUGGUGUACGACGGAGUCCGGGACAUCAGAAAAGCAGUGCUCAUGAUUCGGACUCCAGAAGAAUUAGAAGACGAUUCCGACUUUGAACAGGAAGACUAUGACGUGCGCAGCCGAACCAGUGUGCAGACUGAGGAUGACCAGCUCAUUGCAGGACAGAGUGCAAGGGCCAUCAUGGCUCAGCUACCCCAAGAGGAGAAGGCAAAAAUAGCAGAGCAGGUCGAGAUCUUCCAUCAGGAGAAGAGCAAGCUGGAUGCCGAGGUGGCUAAGUGGGAUGACAGUGGCAAUGACAUCAUCGUCCUGGCCAAGCAGAUGUGUAUGAUCAUGAUGGAAAUGACAGACUUUACGAGAGGAGCUGAUGCCUGGUGGAUGCUCCUGGGACCUUCAAAUGCCAUUGCGUCCAUUAGUGACAUUGAUAAGAGAUGUCCUGAUUCUGCGUGCAAACAGGAUCUAUUAGCCUACCUUCAACGGAUUGCCUUGUAUUGCCACCAGCUUAAUAUCUGCAGUAAGGUCAAGGCAGAAGUACAGAAUUUGGGUGGAGAACUUAUUGUAUCAGGGACAGGAGUUCAGAACACUUUCACUACCUUUUAUGAGGUAGAUUGUGAUGUCAUAGAUGGGGGCAGGGCUAGUCAACUUUCUACCCACCUACCAACCUGUGCUGAGGGAGCUCUGCUCGGGAGUGGAAGCAGUGAUUCUUCCAUGCUGGACAGUGCCACAUCACUCAUCCAGGCAGCCAAGAACCUGAUGAAUGCUGUGGUUCUCACCGUGAAAGCCUCCUAUGUGGCCUCCACCAAAUAUCAGAAGGUCUACGGGACAGCAGCUGUAAACUCCCCUGUGGUGUCAUGGAAGAUGAAAGCUCCUGAGAAAAAGCCCUUAGUGAAGAGAGAAAAACCAGAAGAAUAUCAGACAAGAGUUAGACGAGGAUCUCAGAAGAAACACAUUUCUCCCGUACAGGCUUUAAGUGAAUUUAAAGCAAUGGAUUCCUUUUAG